AUGAUUCCAAUAUUCUUUUUUACGUUAAUUAAAGGUGAAAUUACAACAGGAUUUGUUAUUGAAAAUGGCAAACAAUUGUUAGAACUUAAAUUAGACAAAAAACUUGUGGCAAUUCAUAAAUCUUUUUUACUUGAAAAACAGAAGAAUUCUGAUGAAUUCGUAACCAUAAAAAAAAUGAAUAAUCACACUAGAUUUAUUAGGAAUAAAGAUGAAUAUGAAAGUUAUAAAGAAGAAUUAAUUGAAAAAAACGAAAAAUUGGCGAAUUCUGAUAAUCUAGAUGAAGAUAGUGAUUCUGAUCCCGAGUUUGAAGAAAUAUAUGUUGAUAUAAAUAAUAUUUCAAAACAAAAAGGUAAAAUUUACGGGGUGAGUGUAGAAUAUUUUGAUAAAAAAGACAAAAAAAUAAAAGUGUACAGUAGACCUUUUACAUACAGUGCUAAAGAAAAACAAUGGGUGCUCGGUGAUGUGCCUAUUGAUGACAAGGAAUCGUCAAAAUGGUGGACGUAUGGUGGUAUAGCUUUAUUAUGUGUGUGUGCUAUAGGUAUUUUUGCAUAUUUUUUGUCAUAA